AUGAGGCCUGCCGCCCCCUCGAUAGAGAUCAUGGCUGCCCAGUCAGUCACCCCCGACUCCCGCUCGUCGUCGUCGACAAACUCGCCUCUCCCAGCCGACAACGAGGAGUCGGACUUUUUUAUCGCCGGCAACGACUCGCAGUCAUCGCUCGGCGUCCCUAACAUCGAGGACAUGCAGGUUAACGACGACCCGUGUCAGCCCGCCGUCAACCGCCUACCCAGCGAGAUCCUCAUCUCCAUCUUCGCCAAGCUCAACAGCACCUCCGACCUCUUCCACUGCAUGCUGACCUGCAAGCGCUGGGCAAAGAACUCGGUCGAUCUUCUAUGGCAUCGUCCCGCGUGCACAAACUGGAGGAACCACUCGUCCAUCUGCCAGACGUUGCAGCUUCCCACCCCCUUCUUCGCCUACCGCGACUUCAUCAAGCGCCUCAACUUGGCCGCCACCCCUCUCGCCGAUAAGAUCAGCGACGGCAGUGUCAUGCCCCUCGCCGUCUGCACUCGCGUCGAACGACUCACCCUGACGCACUGCCGGAACCUCACCGACCAGGGCUUGACCAAGCUAGUGGAAAACAGCUCGUCCCUUCUCGCCCUCGACAUCUCGGGCGACGAGAACAUCACUGACGUGUCCAUCAUGACCAUCGCCGAACACUGCAAGAGACUGCAGGGCCUGAACAUCUCCGGUUGCCGCCUCAUUACCAACGACAGUAUGAUCAAGCUGGCCGAGAACUGCCGCUACAUCAAGAGGCUCAAACUCAACGACUGCCACCAACUGCGAGACAAUGCAAUCCUGGCCUUUGCCGACAAUUGCCCGAACAUCCUCGAAAUCGACCUGCACCAGUGCGCACAGAUCGGAAACGAGCCCAUUACAGCCCUCGUUGCCAAGGGCCAGUCCCUCCGGGAACUCCGGCUGGCUGGCUGCGAACUCAUCGACGACCUGGCCUUCCUGAACCUGCCUUUGGGGAAGACCUACGACCAUCUCCGCAUCCUUGACUUGACCUCGUGCGCCAGACUGACCGACCAGGCCGUGCAAAAAAUAAUCGACGCCGCCCCGCGUCUCCGGAACCUAGUCCUGGCCAAGUGUCGCAACAUCACCGACGUCGCCGUCAACGCCAUUGCGAAGCUCGGUAAGAACCUGCACUAUCUGCACCUGGGUCAUUGCGGCCACAUCACAGACGAGGCCGUCAAGCGGCUCGUCCAGGCCUGCAAUCGUAUAAGGUACAUUGAUCUUGGAUGCUGCACGAACCUCACCGACGACUCGGUCACGAAGCUGGCACACCUUCCCAAGCUCAAGAGAAUCGGCCUCGUCAAGUGCAGCAACAUCACCGACGAGUCUGUGUUCGCCCUUGCCCAUGCCAACCGCCGGCCUCGCGCACGCCGGGAUGCGAAUGGCAACAUUGACGAGUACUACUCUUCCAGCCUCGAGAGGAGCCGCCAACAGAGCAUCAUCAAGUUGUUAAAUUGCUGCCCGCGUCUCACCCACCUCAGCCUGACGGGAGUUACCGCCUUCCUCAGAGAAGAGUUUAAUGAGUUUUGUCGACCACCCCCACCUGAAUUCACGGAUCACCAGCGCGGCGUGUUUUGCGUCUUCUCCGGAGCCGGCGUUUCGAGACUCCGCGAAUACCUCAACUCAUCCGCCGAAUAUGAGGGCUUGCGCGACUCUCCCUCGCGGUUCCCCGGCCUGCCGGCAUUUGGCGCUCGGCGUCCGGCGGACCCUCGUAAUGCCGUCGCUGGAAGUGCCGAACAAGCCAAUGGAGAUGCCGAAGUUGACGACGCCGAGGCGCUGGAGGAUGACGAGUUCGAGGGUCUGGACGGCAGCGAGAUGGCAGUAGACGGCCAGCCUCUCUUGGCUCAGAACCUGGUCAAUGGCAACGCCCAAAACGGCGUCCCCCCGCCUCCGCCGAACCACGUGCCUCCGGCCGGCGCCGUGCCCAUGUUCGCGCAACCUCUGGGACAGGCCCCGUUAUUGUUCAGCCCCAUCAGUCCGGCCUUCCCUCAGUCGGCUCACUCCCCCACCACGGGUGGCCCGUCCGGCCAUGCGCCACCUCUGGUUGUGUCUAGCCACUACUCCCCGACGAGUCCAGGGCCGAGUACAUCGACAGCGAACGCUCUCUCGCCUCAAGGAACGAAUCUUGGCUUCCCGGCAUACACAAGCAGAAGGCCUGCAUCCCUAGGUGCCAGCACUGCGUCGAUGGAGGCUUCAAUGCUUAGUCCGGCUACCCAUCGCAGUCGCCGAGCAAGCGUCAUCUCGAUGGAGGCGUCGAUGCUGGGGCCCGCUGAUCCGGAGAUGAAUGAGCAGUCGACGCCGAAUGGACAGCAACAGCACUCGUAA